GCAAGUUUUCCCACCCACUGAAAAUGCAGAAAAUAGCGUGACUCUAUUUUGCGCCGGGUUUUUAAUUUGGCAAAAUUGUGGAUGGAAUUCAUGCUUGUUUUCUCUUUUUCUUAUUUGUUUCCUUGUUAUCUAGUUUUAAAGCAUGUCACCCGUUGUAUACGUUAUAGGUGCCAAUGUGCAGAGCCUAACCACAGCACUGUUAUUACGAAGAAAAGGUUAUGAUGUAACCGUAUUAUCCACCCAUUUUCCUGGAGACGCCAAUAGCAACGACCCGUCGUCGUGGUCAAGCGCUCAAUGGACAUCCUUUGCAAGCGAUACAGAUACCCGUCUUAAGCGUUACGAUGCCGCCACUUUCCACAUGUUUUGGGAACUUGCCAAGUGUAAAGCGGCAGAGGCAGGUCUCAUGGUGGUAUCGUCUUAUAACUAUUCCGAAAAGCCUAUCCCUUCAGGGCAAGCCGGUUUAUGGUGGAAGACCAUGGUGCCAAGUUUUCAAAUAUUGAGACAGCAAGAGUUGCCAUCGCAUUUCAUCACUGGCGGUUAUCAUUAUACGACAGUGGUCAUCAAUGUGGGACGGUAUCUCCGAUGGCUGCAAUCGCAGUAUCUUUCACUAGGCGGUAAACGCCGACGGGUUCCCAGCCGAGUUUCCAUUGAUGAUAUGUUACAAGACGAUGCAUUUAGCGAUGCAGACGUCGUAUUGAAUUGCUCCAAUAUGAAUGAUCCAGACAUGUUGUACCGCUACAAACAAACCAUUGUGGUCCGUGCAAGCCAUAUACGUAGAGCUAUAUCCGUUACCAAAAACGAUGAUACAUACACUUUUAUUACCCCACGCAACGAUGGUACCAUUAUCAUUGGCAGGAUAGAAAACGUGCCACAAAGAACCCUGGACAAUAAUAAACUCUUAAAGGAAGGUCUUCAGUAUUGUCCUGACCUGUUAAGCGGCCAAUCGCUUAAUCAGCUGGAUCCUGUGAGCGAGUACAGCGGUAGAAUUCCAUUUAUGCGGCGUAACGGACCCCGACUGCAGAAUGAAUUUAAAAUUUCAGCUGCAGGAAAAACUGUGCUUGUUACACAUCAUUACGGUUACAAUGCCAUAGGCUAUCAAUCCAGCUGGGGCUCAUCUCAAGAAGCCGUGCAACUGGUCAAUGAAGGAUGGGCGUUUCUUCAAAAAGAAUCUGAAAAUAUUUGUCAGUUGAUAAGUCGUUUGUAAACAGGAGGCUAUGCGUCCUUGCUUGUCGCCAAAUACAUUUUACAACUCGCAUACCUUUUGGAGACCAGUUCUGCUUUGCAUCUUUUUUUGUCAAAGCGGCUUGUAAAUAAAUCAGACGCUUUCCUUUUAAAGCUCGGCAGACCAUCUUUACAAUACGCAUCCAUUUCAAGCAGUAAAUCGGUUCAUUUCUUAUAUUUUUUCUUUAACAAGCCGUACACCCGCUGUGCAAUGUAUGCCACCUGCUACUGGGAUGUCACACUCUUACAUUGAGUGACAUUCGUCGUCAGACAAAAAGCCUAACAACA